AUGGCGACUCCAUGUAAGCAUUGGAUUGUUCACCGUCAAAUUUGUUGUCGAUGCAAAUCCCGAGUGAAAACAUACGACGCAAAUACGAGAGUCGCAAGAAAGCCCUAUCUAUUCUCUGUUUGUCCUCAUCGGAUGUAUCAAAACGGUCUAUGUUGCCGAUGCGGAUAUUUCCUAGAUAUUUGGGAUUGUGCUCGAGCUUUCAACUACAUGGCCAAGUCUUUACGGAUGAGCCACGAAUUCGAGGCGGCCACUAAGCGACAGAAGUUGAGGAUCGCGUUGGGAAAGAGGACACUUCACUUGGUUCUUAGCUUAGAACACACGCUCAUCGACUGCAUCAGCGUCUCGAAACUCUCCGAGAUCGGCAAGUAUCAUAUGGUCAAAGAGGUUGAUUCAGGAACAAGAGAUGAUCUUUUUCGUUUACCUAAGGAGAAUUUCUAUUCAAGCGAUGCGUUGGUGAAGUUUCGGCCUUUUGUCCGUGAGUUUCUGCGGGAAGCUGAGGAGAUUUUCACCAUGCAUGUGUUCACUAACAAUGGCCCUGAUCGCGCGAAGAAUGUGGAAUCGUAUCAUACAAGUAGAGAUAGCAAAUAUGAUUUGAAGUCAUUAGAACUUGUUUUGGCGGAACCACGUGGGGUGCUUAUCGUCGACUAUGACCAUAGAUUGUGGGUGAAGCGAGACCACCAUAACCUGAUUAAGAUGUCCAAGUAUGAGUACUUCAAAGAAAGUAGCAACGAGGAUGGGAUCCUUACCUUUCUCAAGAAAAUAUUAUUUAGAGGAGAUAGUAAAGUUGUGGACUUGGAAGGAAAGAGAGAGGAAAUUCCUGAUGAUGAUCGUAAAAUGUUGUUGAAAGUCGUCUUGAGACAUCUUAAGGUACUUCAUAAUUUAUUCUUUAAUGGAGGAUAUCAAGGCGUGAGUCCUCUCUUGCCCCGCGUCUUCUACACCAAGAAAUUUACGUAG